AUGGCGGCCGUGUGGAUCUGUGUUCUGUCUCUGCUGCAGCUCGUCUUCUGCUUCGUCCCCUUCAGACAACAGCCAGGAGCCCCCGUGCAGAUGGAGGAGCGCGCGGCGUCUUCCUUCCUGUCUCGCUCUCUGCUCUAUAACAGCUGGGACUUCGAGGUGGUGGUGGCCGACAGUCUGGAGAGAGAGUGUGUGGAGGAGAUGUGCAGCUACGAGGAGGCCAGGGAGGUGUUCGAGGACGACGCGCUGACGAAAACAUUUUGGACCAGUUACGUCAACAGUCAAGAGAAUGCUCCCAAAGUGGAUGUGUCCGGCCUGGUGGCGGGCAUCAUAGCCGUCUUGGUUUCAGCUGUCAUCGCCACAGUGUUGGGGAUUUACUGCUACAAAGCCAAGAUGAAGGGGGGGCGCAGAUCAGCUCGGGCUCCAGUGAGGAUGGCAGCAGACGGUGGUCCGGCCCCGGAGACCGUGGCGUUGGCUGGGCUCAUGGUUCCAGGUUUACCGAGCUACAACGACGCUCUGCACCACAGCGGGCAGCAUGACGCCCCCCCUCCUCCAUACUCAGGGGGGGCGCCCUCGGUGUUGGCUGAUCCAGUAGAGACCUGAGAGAAGUUUCAAUCUGACAUGUUUGUGUGUGUGUGUGUGUGUGUGUGUGUGUGUGUGUGUGUGUGUGUGUGUGUGUGUGUGUGUGU